AUGGCUGUUCGUGCACAAUUUGAAAAUAGUAAUGAUAUUGGAGUUUUCACUCGUUUGACCAAUUCUUAUUGCUUGGUCGCGAUCGGAGGUUCUGAAAACUUUUAUAGUGUAUUCGAAGGUGAAUUGGGCGAUGUAAUUCCCGUAAUUCAUGCUUCGAUUGCUGGUACUCGGAUCGUUGGACGGUUAACAGUCGGCAAUCGUAAAGGAUUAUUAGUCCCAAAUACCACGACCGAUCAAGAACUUCAACAUUUACGUAACUCUUUGCCGGAUUCCGUGCAAAUUCAACGUAUCGAAGAACGCCUUUCUGCAUUGGGUAAUGUAAUUGCGUGUAAUGAUUAUGUGGCCUUAGUGCAUCCCGAUAUUGAUCGAGAAACUCAAGAGAUUAUUCGUGAUGUGUUGGGAGUUGAAGUUUUCACCCAGACUAUCGCCGGAAAUGUUCUUGUGGGAAGUUAUUGCGCAAUAAAUAAUCAAGGUGGAUUGGUUCAUCCGCGUACGUCUGUUCAAGAUCAGGAUGAAUUAUCUUCAUUAUUACAAGUUCCCCUCGUGGCGGGAACAAUAAAUCGUGGGUCUGAUGUGAUUGGAGCAGGUAUUGUAGUAAACGACUGGUGUGCAUUUGCCGGAUUGGAUAGUACCUCAACAGAGAUAUCAGUGGUAGAAAACAUUUUCAAGUUGCAUGAUGCACAACCGACUGCUAUAGUCAAAGAAAUGAGAGAUUCAUUGGUUGACACUUACAUUGAGUUAAAAAACGUUAAAGGCGUUGACACUUUCCUUUGCACGUUAAAUCGUACCAAACACCGUAUUUUAUACAACACGAUUCAUACAAAGGAAUUUCUUGUGAAUAACAUACAAAGCAUUACGAUGGAUAGUCCAAAUUUAGCAUACAUGUCAGGAGAAAAGUUAAGCAAAAUCAUUAAAGAAUGUGAAAAAGUGAGGGAGGUCGUGAUCGGGAAGUGCACUUUGAGUAAAAGUAUUAUUAAUUCAAUUGCACAAUUGGAAAAGUUGAGUAUAUUGAAAUUUAACAAAUGUUCCGUUAAUGAUACUAAUAUACUCAACCCUUUGAUUUCCGAGUCGAGUGAUAUUUCCGAUGGGAAAAGUUCGGAAUUGAAUCACAUCAUCACCAAUAUCAAUACAAAUACCAAUAAAAGAUAUUUUGGAAAGAGGAAUUUAAGAAAUAUCAUUACAACGAAAUUAUUAAACAACAGAAGACAACCUUUUAUCACGAUUAAACCUAAUAAAGUUGAUAAUGAAAUCUCAUCAAUUCCGGAUCCUAUUUACAAGUCCAACUUAACCAAUUUAACACAUUUAACGAUCGAUAUACAACCGUCAUGUUCAUCUCAGUUCUUAAUCUCAUUGGCGUGUCAAAAUAAAAGUUUAAGAUCCUUGGAUUUGCAAUUUCAAGGGUUAGACGAUUCGUUACUUACGAUUACACAAAAUUCCCUUAACCUUCAAUAUUUAAAAAUUACUGAAUGUAAAAAUUUGACCGAACAGACCAUUUUACAAUUAAUUCAAGAUAAUUUUUCCACUCCCAAUACCAAAGAUCGAUGUAGGCUAAAGGAAUUAUUAAUAGAUUACGGUCCUUUCUCGGAGAAAUUCUUACUUUCAUUAUCAAAUUUAUGCAAGACACAACGUAAAAUUUCAGUAAUCAAACCUCCAGCGAAUUAUCAUGGUUAUGACUUAAAACUUUAUGAUGAUUCGUUAGAGAUAUCUAUCGAUCACAGCGAAGACAUUGGGAACGUUUUAUUAAAAUUCUAUUUAAACAUUGGUACAUCAGCAGUAGAAGAACACGUGGACAAGAGCAACACCAUCAAUAAUGCGAUGGAAGAAUUGUUAUUGGAUGGAAUCCAAGUUUCUCCAAACAGCUUAAAUAUUAUUUGUCAACACCUUGUCCUUAAAUCAUUAAAGUUACAAAACAUACCAAUAACGUUUAGUCGAUUAACAAAACAUGAUAUUAUAAAUAGCAUUAAAUUAUCAACUAAUUUAUAUGAAUUAUUUGUUACCGAAACGUUACAAAGUGAUGAUACUAACAAGAAUUAUAGUUUGAAAUCAUUGAAUUAUAGUGAUUUUAAUGAAUUGGCUCAAAAUUGUCCAAAUUUAAAGAGAAUUUAUUGGAAUCAUAAAUUAUUCGUUGAUAAAUUUACGAUACCUUCUAAAUUUGUACAAUUUAUUGAUAAUUAA